ACGCACAUACUGGAGAUAAACGUUAUCAAUAAGAUGUUAGAGGGAGGAGAAGAUUUAGUCACACUCACUGGUACUCUACAGAGACACAUAAACACGCAGGCUGGUAAAACACGUCAUAAAUGUGAUGUUUGUGCCAGAGAAUUUAGUGACUUCAAGAAACACAUGAGAACACAUACUGGCGAAAAACUUCAUACAUGUGAUGUAUGUGGUAAAGUGUUUAGUCAGCAUGGUAGUUUACAAAUUCACAUGAGAACACAUACUGGAAAUAAACCUCAUGACUGUGAAGUAUGUGGUAAAGGGUUUAGUCAGCUUGGUAAUUUACAGAGUCACAUGAGAAUACAUACAGGUGAUAAACCUUAUGACUGUGAUGUAUGUGGUAAACGGUUUAGUCGGCUCUUUAUAUUACAAAUUCACAUGAGCACACAUACAGGUGAUAAACCGCAUAUCUGUGAUGUAUGUGGUAAACGGUUUAGUCAGCAUGGUAGUUUACAAAUUCACAUGAGAACACAUAAUGGAAAUAAACCUCACGACUGUGAAGUAUGUGGUAAACGGUUUAGUGAGCAAGGUACUUUACAGAGACACGCGAGAAUACAUACAGGUUAUAAACCUCAUGACUGUGAUGUAUGUGGGAAAGGUUUUAGUGAUCUUAGUAGUUUCAAGAGACAUAUGAAAACACAUACAGGUGAUAAACCUCAUGAAUGUGGUGUUUGUGGUAAACGGUUUAUUCAGCAUAGCAGUUUACAGACACACAUGAAAACACAUACAGGUGAUAAACCUCAUGACUGUGGUGUAUGUGGUCAACGGUUUAUUCAGCAUAGCAGUUUACAGACACACAUGAAAACACAUACAGGUGAUAAACCUCAUGAAUGUGGUGUUUGUGCUCACCUGGCCCAAAGGGCCAAGCGAGCUUAA